ACAAAAUCAAAAGCCUCUCAAGUCGUAUCACUUAUCCGGUUGGCGAAGAUGAAGAGGUGUCUUAUUUUGGGGGAGUUGAGGUUUCCAGGCUCCCCGCGGAGGUGGGAGAGAGAGAGAGAGAGAGAGAGAGAGAGAGAGAGGAGAGUGGGAGGUCCCUGUGGGCGUGACGUUGCGAUUGGCCCAGUGUCUUUCUUAGCAGGGACUCGGCGCUUCUCUCUCUCCCUCUGUGAUCAGUGGGUGAGAGGGGGAGGAGACGAGCAACACACAGCGGAGAACCCGGCGUUGCGCCUCCGGUAAAUGACGCCCACCAUUCAUACCUUUACACUUACCAUUACGCAUGCCUUUUGUAUUGCAUGUCAGUGUCUGGAAGUACCAUCCUGUUUCCUCAUCUCCUAUUUUUAUGCUCCUCUAGUCAUCUCUUGUUGGCUCAUCAUUUCACCUUACCACCGGUCCUGGAUCCCUCAACCUCGGUCCUGGAGACGCCAGAGUCUGCAGCAGCGCACGAUCUGCUUUAUUUCCAGCCUUUAUCUGAAUGACGGCGGAAGGUUUGACUUCGACGACGGUGGCACUUACUGGCGGGGGGUGGGAGGAUGGCAAGCCCACGGACACGGCAUCUGCACCGGACCCAAGGGCCAGGGCGAGUACGCCGGGUCCUGGUCGCACGGCUUUGAGAUAGUAGGGGUGUACACCUGGCCCAGCGGGAAUACCUACAGGGGUUACUGGUCCCAGGGGAAGCGGCAUGGGCUUGGAGUGGAGAAUAAAGGCAAGUGGAUGUACCGCGGGGAGUGGAGUCACGGUUUUAAGGGUCGGUACGGCGUCCGGCAGAGCCACAACACACCUGCUAGAUACGACGGGACUUGGAGCAACGGGCUGCAGGAUGGAUACGGGAUCGAAACCUAUGGAGAUGGCGGUACCUAUCAGGGCCAGUGGAUGGGUGGGAUGCGGCAUGGCUACGGCGUGCGUCAGAGUGUUCCCUAUGGGAUGGCCACAGUUAUCCUCCCUCUGCGUACGUCUCUGGCCUCCCUGCGCUCCGAGCGAGCAAACGGCACAGUGCUCCAGGACCUCUCCUCCCCUGCAGACACGCCGACAGGCAGCCGUGGCGGCUUCGUCCUUAACUUCCACUCAGACAGUGAGGUUGUCACCGGCAAGAAGAAGGGCCUGUUCCGCAGGGGGUCUCUCUUCGGCAGCCUUAGGCAGUUGCGUAAGUCUGACUCUCCGACCUCAAUCUCCAGUAAACGCAGCUCUGCACGCAGUGACGCCGCCAUGAGCCGCAUCAGCUCCAGUGACGCCAACUCUACCAUAUCCAUCGGUGAUGGCGAGCGCCGGAUGAGGACCUACUCUGAGGACCAUGUGGAUGCCACGACGACUGAGACGUACAUGGGCGAGUGGAAGAACGACAAGCGCAAUGGAUUUGGUGUUUCAGAGAGAUCCAACGGGAUGAAGUAUGAGGGAGAAUGGCUUAACAACAAGCGCCAUGGUUACGGGUGCAGUUUUCCAGACGGCACCAAAGAAGAAGGGAAGUACAAAAAUAACGUGCUGGUUCGUGGAAUAAGGAAGCAGUUGAUUCCUCUUAAGAACCCCAAAACCAAAGAGAAGGUGGACCCUGUGGAGGGGGCUCAGAGGGCUGCAGCCAUCGCCAGGAGUAAAGUGGAAAUAGCAGCUUCCAGAACGGCCCAUGCCAGGACAAAAAGCGAGGCCGCAGAGCAAGCCUCCAUCUCUGCUGUGCAUGACUCUGAAAUCGCCAGGGCAGUUGCUAGAGAGCUUUCUCCAAACUUCUACCAACCAGGACCGGACUAUGUCAAACAACAGUCAAAGGAGCCCGUGGAGAUUAAAGAGGUCCCUGUCGAAAAGAAGGAAAAGUCCCCGAAAGAUUCUCCCCACUUUUACCGGAAAGGUACCACCCCUCCUCACUCCCCUGCGACCAGUCCUGUAGCCACCCCUCCCCCCUCGCCUCACUCCAGCAAGAAGAAAGGUCAGCUCGCCAACAGCACCAGCCGCAAAACCAGCAAAGAGGAGAAACCUUCCCGCAAGAUAAGCAAAGAAGAGAAGUCAAGUCAUAAAACCUCCAAGGACGAGCGGUCCAGUAGAAAGCUGAGUAAAGAAGAGAGGCCGAUUGUAACUGAUGGCCCCAAAGCUUCUCAAAUGCACCUGGAGGCUCCACCCAAACCUGCAAAGAUUCAGCAGCCUGCCGCAGCGUCCGCUCUCGCUCCUCAGCCUCCUGCCGUUCCAGUCAACGGCGAGCUGCACACCGAGUACCACAGUUACUAUGUCAAGCCCCCCACGAGGGCCCCUCCACCGCCGGACCCAGAGGAGGAUAUAGAUGAAGAGCCCAGUGCCCUGGCCCUGGCACGCAUGCCCCCUCAGCCCCCUAAGUCUUUUAGUACCCCCACUCCUAAGCCAGCCUCCGUAAGGGAGAGCAAGAGUGAACCGAAACUCAGGAAGCAGGAUUCUCUAAAGCCAAAGAGCCUUGCAGACACUAAGAAAGCCAGUAUGGAGAUUGCUGAAAGCAUGGAAGAAACAGUGAGUAUCAGUGUGAGGGGGGAACACAGGGGUCCUAACUCAGUCCUGGUUGCGAUGGUAAUGCUGUUAAAUAUUGGCCUUGCAAUUAUAUUUGUCCAUUUUCUGACAUGAUGAUGCUGUUUCUCAGUGAAACCAUGGCAACCAGUACAGUUGCAUCACCGGCCUUGAAAAUGAAAAUGGCGCCGGUGAGACACGGGGUGGCCGUAGGUGUUGAGGAAUCAACGUGACACCGAAGAAAGAGAAUCGUGAGGGAGGCAGCAACACCACCAACCUGUCAUGGGCCUUCUUAAAGGGCCGGCCCCGUGAAUUAGCACUCCUUCAGCUUCUCUAACGCUGAGGUGAAAUGUCGUGUCUAGUGAGAUUUAAAAAAAAAAAUAAAAGUUAAAAAAUGCAACCAAACAAACACAAGCUGAAAAAGAAGUAAUUGAAACCCACACGUAUGCUGAUCCAAGCACUGGUCUCUGUAGCCCACUCCAACUGCCUUGACAGGGAGAGUGGUGGGCUGACGGACUUUGUUGGAAGAGUGUGGAGAUGCACUUUUAGAUGACGGGAGCAAACAGCUGCCUUUCUAUUUUGCCAUCUGACGUUUUGAUGGGGAGAUGUGAGCCCGGCGGCCCGGAGGAAGCGGUGGGCGGGUUGGGGGGGGGCACAGUCGGCACAGUCGCAGCAGGAGUGUGCGUUUUCUGGGGGUUCACUCCACUGUUGGAAGAGGAAACUGGGCACGGCCGUCGCCAGCAGUCAGUGCUCGCACGGUCACUUUCCAGUCUUACUCUGUUUACCCUAUCAUCACCGCAGCUUUCUCGAGCUCCGUCCAUCGUUACCCAGGACACACUGCUUUGACACACUCCCCCAUGCAUGGUACAGUUUUAACAUUUGUUUUUGUUUGUUUUCUGUUUUAUUGUAGCUUAUUUUUGUUCAUUGUUGUUCUCUGAAUGUUGGUUACCUGCAGUCACAUACUUGUAGUUCAAAAGGAAAUCUGAGUAAAUAUUUUUCCCCUUUUAUUUUGAAAUUUUACUCAUUUCAACCGUUAAGUUGUAAUUUGACAUUACACAUUCAUGCCACAGAAUUGCACAGAAGUUUUAUUUUUUCAAGGAAAGCUUAUAGUAUAUUUUGCCAAAAAAAAAUAGAUUUGUACCAUCAUUAAAAAAAAAAUCCAGUGUUCCUUUUAUUUUGUCAGACUCAUCAUUUGAAUGACUGGUGUUGAGAGACGGUGUCAUUAACAGCCGGCACUGUGUGUAGGAAGCAGGAUCACACUUUUAAAGCUACCUAGCUCGUGAGAGUGAAGUAACAGAUGUCUUAUGUUAUUUAUUAAAUUCAGAAGGAGGAUUAUUUCAUUGUACAUGCCAAGACCAUUUUGCUUGAAUUCCUUCACUUUAUUCUUUGCUUUCAUUUUUUUCACUACACCACAGAAAAAAUUGCAAAGACGCAGUUCACGCAGCUGCUGCUUUCAGCCCAGCAGAGCUCGCGUGCUUGUGAGACAGGAUUGAGAGAGUCCUGUGGACGGUUGAAGGUGAAUUUAUUCAGGUUAAGGCCAUGGGGAAUGUGGCAGCAGGGAGAAGGAGAGAUGCCUUUUUAAAAAAGUCUUUAACAGUACUACUGUUUACCUCAGAAACAGAUGAGGAAGGGAGGGGGGGGAUGCCAUCCUUGUCUUAACUUUGUCGUGCGGGGGGUAUUUUGACUGUUGUCAUCACCUGUGUCAUGCUUUUAUCUUGCCUCAUCGUAGCUGUUUGUAGUCUUUGUUGCAGGUAUGGCAUGAGUUUAUUUGAUUUAUAAAAAAAAGUGGUUAUUUAUAUGAUUGACAUUUAGUGUCAUCACUACCAAGAUUUAUUAUUUAUUCAUUGUAUAACUGAUGUGUUUGUGAACAUUGGUAAUCACAAAAAGGGCUUCAAUAUGGCUUUUUUCUUUUCUGCAGUUUAUCUGAACGAUGUUGUGUUACACUGGGCGGCACAUAGCCUCGUAGUUUGCAACCUGACCACAUAAAAAACGGAAACUAUAUACUCCAAAUCUGAAAUAGUCAAAACACACAGACCAAGAUAUUAAGGAUUCAAAAUAAUUGUAAUAUUAUAAAUGUGAUGCGCCGAAAAACAACUUUUCACCCUUUCUGUGCAACACCCUCUUUUUCUUGUUUUACCUGUCUUCACACGAGCAUGGUGAAGACGGGAGUUUUUGGAGGGUUUAACAGAACAGCCUGUUUAUGGGAAUAUUUUUUGAAAUGCAACAUUGCAUGUUGGAGUCAUUUAUAUAUAGAUUAUUAUUAUAUACUAUUUGUAAGGAUUUUUACAGAGCACAAUCCAGAAUCUGGUAUGAGUUGGUAUUUUUCUAACAAUUUGCACACCUGUAUUUUGACAAUGAAUAUAACUUGUUUGUAAUUGGUAAUGUAAUGCACAUAUGAUAAUGUUUGACAGUGGAAAAACAAAUACUUUAUUUCUAAUUGGUUGUACUGUAUGUACCAUUCGGGGAUGUGAAAGGCAGAUGUACUUGUUGAAGUAUUUAAGGAUAUAAAGAGGAACUGCGGGAGACUUUUGAUAUCUCAAGGUUCAUGUUACCCCACUGAUUUGUGCAAAGUCUUUGGAGAUGAAGUUAUGUGUAUAACAAUAAAGAUGUUAUGCCUUGGUA